CCACCGUGCUCACCGCGCCUGCGCCGCGGCUGCCGGAGCCAGGGCUCUCCUCUCUUGCGCUCCGGAGUCCGCAGAUCUUUUGUCUGAGGCUGGGCAGCGGCGGCUGCGGCCCGGAUCGCUCCCGGCCCGCGAAGAAGGAGCCGGGGAGCCCGUGCGGAGCAUCGGAUCCCAGGCGCCGGGCCAUUCUAGGGGUGACCCUAGCACCGCUGGCUCCUGUAUACAAACAAAUGGGGGGAGGAAGGCAACUCUUAAGGAUAAAGACAUGGAGACAAUAGGAAAGUUUGAGUUCAGCAGGAAAGACCUGAUCGGACAUGGAGCUUUUGCUGUUGUUUUCAAAGGGAGACACAAAGAGAAACCUGGGCUGGAGGUAGCUGUGAAGUGUAUUAACAAGAAAAACCUUGCAAAAUCUCAAACUCUGCUGGGGAAGGAAAUCAAAAUACUUAAGGAACUGAAACAUGAAAAUAUCGUUGCCUUGUAUGACUUCCAGGAACUGGCAAACUCUGUCUACUUGGUUAUGGAGUACUGCAAUGGUGGUGACCUGGCUGAUUACCUGCACACUAUGCGGACGCUUAGCGAAGAUACCAUCAGGCUCUUUCUCCAGCAGAUAGCAGGUGCCAUGAAAAUGCUACACAGCAAAGGUAUCAUCCAUCGGGAUUUGAAACCACAGAAUAUCCUCCUUUCUUAUGCUGGAGGCAAGAAGUCAAAUCCUAACAACAUUCGUAUAAAGAUUGCUGAUUUUGGAUUUGCCCGGUACCUGCAAAGCAACAUGAUGGCAGCAACACUGUGUGGUUCACCUAUGUACAUGGCCCCAGAAGUCAUUAUGUCCCAACACUAUGAUGCUAAAGCUGACCUUUGGAGUAUAGGAACCAUCAUUUACCAGUGUCUGACAGGAAAGGCUCCCUUCCAGGCCAGCAGCCCUCAAGAUCUUCGUCUCUUCUAUGAGAAAAACAAGAUGCUGAUGCCCAACAUCCCCAGAGAGACAUCCAGCCACCUGAGGCAGCUGCUACUGGGUCUUCUGCAGCGCAAUCAUAAGGACCGCAUGGACUUUGAUGAGUUUUUCCAUCACCCUUUCUUGGAUGCAAGUGCCUCUAUGAAAAAAUCUGCUUCUGUGCCAAUGCCUUCUUAUCCGAGCUCAGGCUCUGGUAGUUCCUCCAGCACCUCUUCCACUUCCCACCCGGCCUCACCUCCCCAGUCCAUAGGAGAGAUGCAGCAGCUGCGGGAGAAGGCUCUGGUGUCUCCUGCCCAGGGUUCCCCUGGUUUUCUGCAUGGGUCUAAGGACUCCGCUGAAAGCAGCAGCAAGAAUUCCUCCUGUGACACUGACGACUUUGUUAUGGUCCCAGCACAGUUCGCAAGUGAUCUAACUGCUGAGGCAGCAGGAGGGAAACCCGUCCAGGACAGCCUGAUGUACAGCGAGAGUUCUCUGGUGACUUCAGCCGGCGUGGAGAGCCAGGCAAGGACCCCAUCCCCUUCGCCCCCAUACAGCACUUCUCCCAGCCCGGCAGGCCGGCAAGGCCAGUUUUCCAGCAGCAAGUACGAGCACUCUGUCCCCAUCCCGGUCCCAACGCAAAUCCACAACUACCGGCGGAUCGAACAGAACCUACAGUCUCCCAAUCAACAUGCUUUGCCACAGUCUGGCACAGUCCGAAGAUCAAGCAGUACAAGCCCUCUUGGGUUUGCUAAAAUCGGUGCUUCCCCUCCUUUCUCUGGAGAGCAUGGAGCUGUGCCAUCCCCCAGACGGUUCUCCUUCGGCGGUGCUAAGCCUUACACACCAUCCCCGCAAGUUGGAACAAUUCCAGAGCAGCCCGGCCAGACUGUUUUCUUCUCCCCACCUGGAGCAGAAAUGAGAAGCAGGAUCCCCAUGCCUGGUGCCUCAGUGCCUGACCACUCUUCCCGAGGGAUGGGCUGCCGGCUUCACAGCGCUCCCAACCUGUCAGACUUGCAUUCCUGCAGGCAGAAGAUUACCAAGCAGCACUCUGACCCUCUAGUUGCUCACUUUGGCCACGCUCCGGUCAGUCAGCCCCUGCAGGUUCAUGGCUUGCAGCCCUGCCGACAGCUGAGGUCCUCACCAAAGCUGUCUGAAUUCAUGCAGAGAAGUCCCUUGCCAACUAUCUUGGGCUCCCCUACAAAGGCUAUGUCCCCUUUUGAGUUCCCCAAAACCCCCAGCUCCCAGAACCUGCUCACGCUCUUGGCCCAGCAGGGAGUCAUGAUGACCCCGACACGGAACAAGACUCUGCCAGACCUGAAGGAGAUGGGGCACUUCCAUUGCCAACAGGCUGGCCUGGGCUUGAGGCCUGUGGAAGAGAUUAAGGGCAGAUCUCUGAGCACCGGCCGCCUCACUGACCUGCUUCUCAAGGCUGCCUUUGGGGCUCAGAUCUCAGAAGCUGGCAGCAACGACAGCCUGAACAAUGAGAAGCCAAUGGAGAUCACAGCUCCGUCUGCUGCUUAUGGAGGAAACCUAUACUGUGGGGCUAGAGCUGGGGGCUCUGUGAGCCCUUCCCCAGUGAUCUUCACGGUUGGAUCCCCUCCAAGUGGGACAACACCACCACAAACCACUAGGACCAGGAUGUUUUCAGUGGGUUCUUCAAGUUCUCUGAGUUCAGGAGGCUCAUUCAGUGGCAGACCCUUGCUAGUGGGAGCUGGUGGGGAUGCCAUGGAAGCUCUGUCUAGUCUCCGGUACACUCUUGUGGAUCCCAUUGCGGCUAAUCUGGAAGGGGCAGUUACAUUUGAGGCACCAGAACUGCCUGAGGAGACGCUCAUGGAGCAAGAGCACACGGACACCCUGCGCAGCUUGCGCUUCAUGCUUGCCUUCGUCCACUACGUGCUGGAAAUCGCCACCAUCAAAGGGAGCACCAGCGAGAUGAGCAGCUCGGUGGCCUCCGAGUACCAGCUUCAGGAGAGUGUGGUGGCUGACCAGAUCAGCCUUCUCAGCAGGGAAUGGAGCUAUGCAGAGCAGCUGGUACUGUACCUGAAAGUAGCAGAGCUGCUGUCCUCGGGCCUGCAGACAGCCAUAGAACAGAUCAAGGCAGGCAAGCUGUGCCUCUCCUCCACUGUCAAACAAGUUGUGAAGAAGCUGAACGAACUUUAUAAAUCCAGCGUGUCAGCCUGCCACUCUCUGAACAUGAGACUCCAGAGAUUCUUCUUGGAUAAACAGAAGCUCAUGGAUCGGAUCAACAGCAUCACAGCAGAGAAGCUCAUUUUCAGCUAUGCCGUGCAGAUGGUAAGAUGUGUAUCGAACGCCGGUUGUCGGCUCUGUUAUCGGGGAUCUGUGCGUGAUUUUAAAAGUGCUGCUUGCCACGAAUCUCACGCCAGCCAAUCGCCUUCGGUUUCCGAUCGCCUGCUGCAGUGGUGGAGAAGGAGCCUGGCUGUGGGAAACCUGCAAGACACACUGCUUGAUCUUAUUUGUAGUAGUCAGGAAGGUUUUCCGCAGUAGGGAUUUGGAUUCUCUUUUGGGGGACAUAUGACAGCAGCGAUUGCAAGCACUUCCCCACCGUAUAGACCGGGGGAAGACGUAGGAGAGAUGCGGGUUUUUCCCUCUCUUGGUGGAGGGGGCGAAGGAGAGAAUUCCCUUCCUCCCACUUCCACUUCAAAGGACAAGGCUGCUGCCUUGCCCUCCUGCUCAGAGCUGGAGUAUUUUAGUGCUGCAUCCAUUGCUGGCAGUGGAUGUGCUGAAACCGUUAGCAGGAACUUUCAGGUGGACUGUUCAGUGAAUUGAGAAGGGUAGAAUUCAAGGCCAGUUGCAUACUUUCCCCGUCCCCACUGAUAGCCAAGCACUCAGGAACUUGCUGUUGACCUGCAGCUGCUCCUUUCCCCUGCCCCAUCUCCAUUCUCGCCCUUCUUGUAUAUGUCAUGCCACAGAGCACUUCCUGUGUGGGGGAGAGGAGUACCGUGGGGAAGCUGGAUCUCUUUUCCUGGAGCGUUGCUGAAGACAGCUGCAACCUUCCGAAAGACUUCCUGAGCAAUGCUGGAACAGCAUUGCCACUGAGGAGGCUCCCUUGUACCAAGCAUGAGGAGGCAGGUCACAUCCCUACCUGGACGGGGAGCAACAAAGGACAAGAAAGUUGUGUAUAUAUAUUUAAAAACAACUCUAGCGUUACAAGAAGCCCCGAUGGUUUUUCCCCCAUUGGGGUCAGUAUCCUAAACCCUUGACUGCACAGCUUGACCCAUCAGUACAUAUCCACGCCCAUGCUGUCCUACUUUCAGCUGUUGGUUAGAUAACCCUUUCCCCCACUGCCCCCCAAAAACACUAACUUUGUGAAUCAAAGAAGCACUUUACACACUAUGGGAACUUUGACAAGUUGCCUUUGCAUCACACGGUGGCCCCGGAACUUCACGACUGCUGGGAAUGCUGUUCUUUUGUUCCUCGUUGUUCUUUUGCACUACGUUUGUGUGUCUAUAUUAAUACAUAUUCCUCAAGGAGAAUAUGUAUCGAUAUAUCGAGUGUGUGUCACUGUGUGUAUUUAACUGUACUGUAUCUUGUGCAUGAGCAGCAAACAGCAGCCCCCGGUCCAUGUGCUGUUCCCCUCCGUGCCAGGCAAAGCUGACUUGAAAUCCAGCAGUACCAAGAGGCUUUUUUUAUUUAAAUGUUCUUUUUAAGGACCGUCCGUACAAAGCUCCAUGGUUUUUAAGAGCUCAAGAACAGACAUUGAGAUCUUACAUAUUUACAACCGAAAAUGCAUUUUUUAUUGUUUUGCUGCUUAAUUUUUAUAAAACCAACCAACCAGCCCGUUUAGUGUUCAGUUACCUUCAGCAUUUCUUUUUCAGAGACUGUGUAGCCAGACCAGGCCUGUGGGUGUGGGCGGUUGAAGACUUGUUGAGGCUUGGAUGCUGCGAGUGUGUGCGUGUGUGGGGCGGGAAACUGGCUGCCUGUGUGUGUGUGUUUUAACUUAUCAGAGUCAUGGCAGUAUUUGCUUAGCGCUGAGUGGAAAAAGUAACCUCCAUGGGCGAAAUGCGAACCUGGGGCUUAGCUUUUGGGAUCCAAUAACAUUUUGCGCAUGGUGGUUAAAUCUUCAUUACUUCUCUCUCUCUCUCUCUCUCUCUGCCACUGUAAUUUUUUGCACGUUUUUGUAUGACACUCUUUGGACAAAAUAUUAUGCAAGGAACAACUCUGACGUGUGAACCAGCUUCAUCUGUGGCAAGAUGGACGCUUCUGGUGGCAGAACACAAAAGCAAAGAAACCCCCGUCCCUCUCCAGGGGAGUUUGAUUACAUAAUGUGUCGCUUCAGCAUCAGGCCUUCAUUGCUUCAUUCAUUCACAGCUUGCUGUUGCUGUGGCUCCGUGUGCCUACGCCUAAAAUAAAAACAAACCUGCGGUUGGAGAUGUUAAGCAAGAAGCAGACCACUUCGGAAAGGAUCGCCACCAGUCCUGCCAUAGGCAAUUCUACAAGUGCAAUACGUUAACCUGGAUGCAGCGUGGAAACAGCAAGCCAGAACAAACUUCCCAGCAGACACCUGCUUUUCACACUGAAUGCCAACCCCCCCAAACUUAAUAGCUUAUUGCCAAGUAUUAGUCAGUUGCAUCCCAGGAUUUGUGUUUAUGCCACAGGUGUACCGAUCCGUGGAUACGGCAAGCUCAGCACUAACCUUCCAGCUGUACUUAAUUACUUGAAUGUAUCAAUUUUUGUCCACAUUCAACGUAUAUAAAUAUAUAUUGCUCCAAAAAAAAGUGGUUUACAGAUCUUCAACCAAUAUAUAAAUAAAUAUAUAUAUGUAUGUGUGUGUGUGUGUGUGUGUACAUAUUAUAUAUAUUUUCUCAAUACUUGAAACUUAGCCACUGUGCUUGGAUUUAAAAAAUAAACAACAAGAGAAAGACAAAACAAAGAAGACAGAUGAUUUCUUUUGCCAUCACUUUGGUGACUCUAUUUGUUAUCUAAAUGCAUGUAGCGUGAAACCAACUUUUUUUGGGGUAAAAAUAGUAUUUAUUGCUUUGUAGACAAUAAGGAAUGCAAAAAAGAAGAAAAUUUGAAGUUACUAGUGUAGUCUAUUCACUAUCGUUAUGGGUUUGUUACUUGUUGCAGCGUUUGUAUGUAGUGUCUUAACUAGAUUUCAAGAAACCUCAAUCUAAUAACACGUAUCUUCAGGUUUGUGAGAAAGUGUAUGAUGAUCUUCUUUAUAAGGUAAUGCUUGAUUGUCAACUUUUUUUUUAAUUUGUGUUUUGUGUGACUUUUUUUUGGCUUUAAAUUGUAAAACACUGAUUUAAGAAAAUAAAACUGAUUUGAAAUUGUC